AUGUAUCAAAUUCCAUCUCAACAUCAACAUUUCCACCAAUACCAACAGCAAUACAUUCAUGAAGGGAGCCAGCUACGCUCAGUCUCAUCAAUGUCCACCAUGAAUUCUGAAAUGGACUCGUCAAAUUUUAAUCAAAGUGGUUCAUCUGCUCAUACUUCAACAAAUUCAUCACCUUAUAAUCAUAAAAUACAACAACAGCAACAACAAUAUAAUCAUUUACAACAACCUUCAAUCUCUGAAGCUGAUGAGCAUAGCAGUGGGCAAAGUUCUCCAGAUCUCAUGGGUACUGAGUUCUAUUCAAGUGAUAAUAUAACUCAUGAUCAUAAUCAACAUGCUCAAAACCUAAGGAAAUCAAUGAUUUAUUCAGAAUCUUUUGAUUCAACUAAAUUUCAAUCUGUUAGAGAUUCAAUCUUUAUUGAUAAUGAUAAUAAUAUAGCUACAUUACCUUUAAACACACAAGAGCAAGAAGUGACAAAACUGGCAAUGACAAAUUCACCUUCUUUUAGUGCUUUAGCAAGUAUAUUAGAAAAAAAAACUCAUCAACAACAAAGUUCUAGGAAACCAACUUCAAAUUUACAAACUUCCACAAUUGCAGAAGAUAUGCCCUCUGAUUAUGAAACAACUCCAAAACAAACAAAUUAUGAUUUAACUAAAUCUCCAAAUUUAAUUCAAUUAGAUGAUCAAGAUCAAACUCCAAAUUUAAACAUACCAAGAGAAUCUUCUUAUAGUUCUAUAAUGGAUUCACCAAAUACUGGUGAUUUAGUUUCACCACAAUUUUAUCAAAAAAUUGAAACAAGUGAAAAUUAUGAUAUUUUUAAAACUCCAGAAGUUCCACAAUUACAUACUUUCCAUAAUUCUUCAAGUUUAAGUCAAAUUUCUUCCAAAAAGGAUAAUGAAGAAUCAUCAGGUAAUUCACCUGAAAAGAUAAAAAUUAAUGAAAAUUUUGUUUCAAUGAUUGAUGAUCAUUCUGAAGUUCCAGAAAUUAUUAAUACUCCACAAAUUUAUAAAACUUCAAGUUUCGAAGGUCAAAAUUCUUCAUUUACUCCAAAACAACAAUCUCAACCUCAACAUCAACAUAUUCAAACUCCUCCACCUGUAUCAUUACCAAAAAAUAGAUUGAAUCAAUUAUUUACAUCACCACAAUAUAAACAAAGAUCAAGUUCAUUACCAGUCUUGACUAAGAAAAAUGAUGAUAUUAAACCAAUUGAACAAGUUCAACAACCAACAAAGAAGAAGAAUAAAUUUAUGGCUUUUUUCAAAUCAAAUAAAAGAUCAGUAUCAUCAAGUCAAGUUGAAACUAAACAAUCAACAAAAUUACAACCAAAAUCUUCACCAUUAUCUUCAAAACCUCAACCAUUACAACAAUCACAACAAAAAUCAUUACCAAGAUCUCAACAAUCAACUCCAAAUAUUCCAAGUUCAAUGUCUUCACAUAGAUUACCUAAAAAAUCUACAUCUUCAACAUCAUUAUUUGAUGCUUUUAAAAGAAAAAAUAAACAACAACAACAACAACAACAACAAACAUCUAAUAGAACUCCAAUUUCAAAAUCUUCAAAUGAUAUUCCAAAUAUAACUGUCAAUUCAAAUUUCAAACAAAUUGAUAAUGAUGAAGUAAAUGAUAAUGAUGAUAGUUUUUCAGUAUCAACAGUGGAUUCAAAUGAAUUUAAUGAAGAUUUUAAUAAAUUAAAUGUUUCAAAACAAAGACCAACUUCACAAAUCUCUCAAACUGGUGGUGAUGUUUUCCCAAAAUCUUUAAAUCCUCAAGAAGUUGAAUCUAUUGUUUCAUUAGAAAGAAAUAGAUCUGUUAGAUCUCGUCAUUCUACAAUGUCUCAACAAAGACCUUUUUCAUUAACUGAUGCUAUUAAUUCAAAUGCUAAAGAAGAAGGAAUGUAUGUUACUUAUGCUAUGGAUAAAGAACCAUCAAUUCCUGAUUUGACUAAAUCACCAACAACUAGUGUUUUGAAAAAAGAAAGUUCAAUGUCAAGUUUUAAUAAAAUUGAUGAUGAUUAUGUUAAUGAAAAUAAUAAUAGAAAUAAUGAUGAACAUGAUAAUAAUGAUGAUGAUUUCCAAUAUGAUUUUGGUGAAGAUUUUUCAACAGCUUUAGAAUUUGAUGAUAUUGCAGAUAAUUAUAAUGCUGAAGAACAUCAAGCUCAAAUAUUAGCACAUGAAACAACUAGUCAAAAUGAAGGUGAAGAUGUUUCAAAUUUUAUGGAAUUUGCAGAUUUUAUAGAUUUUGGUGAUGAAUUACAAUUAAAUUUUGAUCUUGAUGAUCAAUCUUCAAGAUCUUCACCAAAUAUGAAAACUUUAAGACCUCCUUCAGUUGCUAAUUCAAUUGGUGGUUCUUCAACAAAUUCUUCAAAUUUCCAAUAUAAUAAUAAACCAUCACCAAGAUUACAACCUCCAUUAUCAACAAGACCUUUCAAUUCACCACCUCAACCUGCACCAGAAUCUCCAUUAUUAGAAUCUCCAAUUUUACAAUCUGAACCUUUCCGAAAUUUAUCAAGUUCAACUUCAUAUGAUCGUGUAUCACCUGCAUUACAACCAUUACCAACCUUUAUUCAAGAACAAGCUUCAAGACCAAUGUCAAUGUCAUUUAAAGGUCUUAAAGCACCUGCAUUAUCAAAUCAUCAUUAUAAUAGACCUGUUUUAAGUUCUUCUUCAUCUUUUGUUUCACAAAUUUCAUCUUCAAAAGCUUCAAGUAUUAAAAAUCCAAAUAGAAGAGUUGUUUUCAGUUCUAAAAUUGUUCUUUAUGAUGCUUGGAAUGAAGAUGAUUAUGAUAGACAUCCUGAUGUUGCAACUUGUAAUCAAUUAACACCACAAAUUGCACAAAGAAUUAAAGAAGAAUUAAAUGAAUUAAAGAGUGAAAUGGAAGUUCAUGAAGAAUCUCAAUGUUAUACACAUUUCUAUUAG